AUGUCGACUGACAGGCUGUUGGCCACUCUGCUCAGAUAUCUGCAAUCAAGCCCAGACCAACAAGACUCUCGUCGGUACUGCAUCACACGAACAUCCCCACCACCGCUGCCUCCAAAACUGACCAUGAUCAANAGAUUACUUGGUACAGCAGCAUCCUUGCUGACAUCGCUGAACAAUCCUCUGAACAUCACUUUACUUACCAGUCAACUGUUGUCGGCGCCAGCCUUAUGGCCACGCUCAAAUGCCUUAACAUCCUCGUUAACCUUUAUGAGUCUGUUCCACUCGGCUGCUAUCAAAUGCCAUGAGCGUGAAACCACCGACCGGGAGAGCCAAGAAUCUCCUGUUCCCACGCGACCUCAUAUCGAAUCGCACCUUCCCUUACACGAAUGGAUUGUAGCAGUGCUNAAGGGUGCGGACCAACACUCUUCUCCCGAUCACCAUCUACUUGCUAUCGGGGGUUUGAUUGUUGGUCUAGCCGCGCGCGACCAUGACUUCAUGUCAACCAACAUUGCCCGCGCUUUACGAUCCGCUUUCGUCAAGGCCGUCAAUCUGGCUCUACUCGAGAGUCCCUCUGAUGACGACUUUGCCCACGCCAACAUCUGCCUGGCUCUGAACCAUGCAUUCGCUCGCCUUUCUGACGCAGACCGCUCUGCGAUUGACUACGAUCGUCUUCUACCCAUACUCAUGACCUCUACCUUCCAUUCGUCAUACGGCUUGCGCUCAGGUUAUUUCCUGGGCGCGGCGGACGCCGACCUUCAGCAGGUCUCAAGCCAGCAGUUCAACUGGGCCAUUGAAUCACCAUCAUAUCAACAGAUCGAGUCUAUCCUCAAGAGCCCGCUAAUCUCAUCUCUUGGUCCCUUGUCGAGGUUGAUAGCUCAUACAAUCGACCAUGUAAAGGACCCCUGGCUCGUGCUAUCUGCUGUCGAGGACUUGUCAGACUUCUCGAAACGUCUCGGUACACAAUGGAGGCAAAACAAGCUAUCGGAGAUCGAUGCUUCGGAAGAGACCAUCUUCCUCCACGAGGAAGCGCGGAAAAGUACCGUUCCAACCUUAUGGAGGCUCCUCCGCUCGACCUUGUUCGCCAUUGUCAUUGUCCUUCGCAGUGCAACCGGCCGCGUGGUAGGAAAUACGUCCCUGGCGGCUCACAAUAAUGCACCUCACAUGGCACAGGCUAUCCUUCAUUCGCUGCGCAGUCUCUCAUUCGUCUUUAGCCGCAUGGGGAAUGUCUCCUUCUCGCAAUAUACCUUUACCUACCUCACCUCUAUUGAUAUCCUCGCCAACUAUCCAACUCACUCGUCCGCUUUCCUCGACUCCAUAGCUCCAUCUGAGCCCGGAAAUAUACCAUCUCACCCACUCGAACGUAACCUAGACCUCUUCUUUCUCAAUACGGCUGAGCACUUCGCUCUUGUUCUAACCUCCCGCCGAAACGAAGACCUUCUGCUUGCUGCAGCAUCACCCUAUCUUGUUACAGCCGGAAACCCUAAUCUCCUUCCAAUAUUCGAAGCCGCACAUAGUGUCACCUUGUCAGUCUUCUCUGCGCCUCAAAACGUCGACCUCACCGCGAAACACCUUCCAUUCUACGUCGACGCCUUGUUCUGUGUGUUCCCGCAUAAUCUUNNUUCCGCCCGCCAGUUCAGACUGGCCUUCAAAAAUCUAAUCAAGGUUGUCUCUCCGCCUAGCCGCAUUGCUGUCACCCAACCGAUGCUUGCCGCCACACUCCUUGAUCUCGUGCAUGAACGUGCGAUGCAUGCUCCGGAAACUCCACUACCGCCGAAAAAUGUCCCCUUGUCAGCAAAUAUUCCGGAACUUGAAAGUGCUCCUCAAUCGGCCGUGCCUGAUUUGUCCGAACAGGCGGUAUUGAUACUCACGCUAAUUGACGCUUUCCCAUGCCUAUCCCUGGCUCUGUUGGAGGAAUGGUUGCCACUGACCGCCGCGGCGACGCGGAUGAUUGCUGACCCGGCCAUGCGCGAAUACUGCAAGAAACAUUUCUGGGAGGUUCUGGUUGGUGGCGAGAUGGACCCGGAGCGCAGUCAGAUAUGCGUGCGUUGGUGGACUUCAAGGGGAGGGCGAGAGUCGUUGCUUGAAUGUGAAGAUCCAAGCAAUGAUGAGUAUGUCAUGAGUGGAGGAUUGGGAGAACAAGAUAAGGUGAUGGCCAAAUUAUGA